AUGAAACAUAUCACAACAGCUGUUUACCUUUUCGACCGGUGUAUGACAAUAGACCAGGAGGUUAGCCACAUAUGGCUGCGUCGUUACUCCGUGGUCUCUGCGCUUUAUGUCCUCCUUCAAGCUGUCACCAUCAUUGGGUUCAGCCUCGGGUUGUUCCAGCAACUCGUCGACUUGGACUGCAAAGUGACGUAUCUUGUGAACACUGCUUGGCUUGUGAUGGCCAUGUUGAACGACAUACUGAUCGCAGUCAUAUCUGCCUUGCGAGUUUAUGCCGUCAACCCCCCAAACUUUCUAGCACCAAUUGUAGUUUUCGUGUUGCUGUUCGCACAAACAGCCUACGAGAUAUUUGAAGGUGUCACCACAGAGGCCGUUAAUGCACCGCCUCCUCUCGGCUGCGCCGUGGGGACUCGGAGCACCUUUUCCAUCCUUAAGCCAACGUUAACAGUUGAUGCUGCUUGCGUGGCCGCAGCCACUGUCGCGGAUGCCAUAGUCCUCGUUGUCACCUGGCGAAAAACAUAUCACAUUGUUCGACUCGCUCGCAGAGAGAACAUCACCGCCGGUUUGCCUUCACUAAUGCUGCGAGAUGGUCGGCUUCUCGUCAUUAUCAAUAGCCUCAGUGUCGUGUUAUACACCAUAAAGGUCUUUAGCGGAUUUGACAACUUCGCAAUUGCAUUCACCAGCAUUAUCCUGUCUCGCUUCUUCCUCAAUCUACGAGAAGCAGCCCUCGUUAACGUUGAUGGCUCUUCAAACUCGAAGACACAGUCGCAGUCGGACAUACAUUUCUCUCGAGGCGUCGGGGCACUCGGAGCGACCCUCUCAUUUGUAGGCGAUGACGACGGCGACGACGAAUGGGACGCAAACCCAGGCGAUGACGAUGAAGUUGCUGCCGAGUUCGCAGAUGAAGACCGCGAGGAGGGUAACAGUGGGCAGCAGGAGAUCAGCGAGGAGGCCAGGGACGAUCUGCCCACGCUAACGCUUGAGGCCGCAUGCUGAUUGCCAUGAAUCGGGAGGGUGGAGGAACGCAUCCUAGAGCGUUCGGCGAAUGCUAUGUGUGUAUAUUAUUUAUUGGUGCCUAUUUAUCUCGACGGAAUCCUCGCACAUUGACGGUUUGUUGUACGGA